GGGUGUUUGAAUAAUAGAGCUCAGAAAGCAACCAAACGCGACAGAAACGCAGCCAUGCAAUUCGCUCUGUGUCUCUCUGUAAUGGUUGCCAGCUUCCUCACAAUUGAGGGUCACGUGAGAUGGGUGUGUCCGCGGCCACAAAGCACGAACACGGGUAUUAAAUCGGGCCCAUGUGGAGCUGUAGACUUUGAGGGGGGUUACAUGGAUGUGGUGCCUGGGCCGAUGACAGUGCGCUGGGAGGAGUCCAUUUUCCAUCGCGGCGCCCCGUCUAGCAUUCGCCUGAUGAAGAAGGGGGACGACAGCACGGACUGCCUGCUUCUUGACCACAUACCCCACAACGACGCCAUGGUGGUGAAGUUUCCCUUCACAGACCCUAAUUGCAAGAUAUCUGGGGAGCCAUUGGGCAAAUGUUCCGGAGUGACCCAGGUGACUGUGAACAUUCCGGACAUCGAUUGCCCGGACUGCUAUCUUUUACUCACAUCUGUGAUGACGGACAAGUAUGGACCCACUACAGCCUGUUCUCAGUUGACUAACGGAAAUAACAACUGCAGCACCUAUUACACCUGUACUAAUAUAAAAAUCAGGCCCACGGCAGCAGGGGUAGGCAGGGACAUCAGCACGUGCACCAACUACACCCAGAACCUCCUAGGAGCCUGGCCAUUCAUGAUGCCCAAUAACGUGUAUUACGAUGAAGGGCACAACUACAGUCCCGACGGCUGGUUGACUGGGAGCCAAUUCCAAGGGGCAACAGCCACCUACCCUGCUGCCAUCUAUAACUCGGGCCCAUGUGCUGCGCCCAGUAGAACGUUCGGGUUGUCUCUGUCUCCGUCUUCGUCAAACAGUACCGCACGUGGUUUGGUCAGUAUGGUGGUGACCGAGAACCGAGCGUCUCUGAUGGGCGUAGUGGUUGGGGAACAGCUCGGAAUCGUCGCAGCGAUCACGCUGAACGGGCGGCCAAAUGGUGCCAAUACGGUCAAUAUUCCAAUAUCUAUGAUGAAGAACGGCGUAUUGCAAGGAAUUAUAGAUGUCGCACAGGCAGCAGCAUUCAUUGACUCAGGUAAAUUUUUUACAUCCAUGUCUGUAACAUUUGGCAACGAAAUCCUGCAGGGCGAUGUCAUUGAUGGUGUAACACAGGUAAAUACUUAA